UCUCAAUCCGUUUGCUUGUGCCAAGAAAUGAACUCAGAAGGUGACAAUAAAGAAGCAAUAAGAACAACGUUUUGAGCGGAAGCUAUGAAUUUGUUACUUUGUUUAAUUUUCGAAGGAUUUCUCCUAUAUGAGACGUUUGCAUGGGGAGUGAGAAUGCCACAUGAAAUUCAUGGUCUCAAAGGUUCCUGCCUGGUCAUACCAUGCUCUUUCUACUACACGUCAUACCCACCCAAUAGACCAGAUAGAGUUGUGUGGUAUCAGUGGGUCUCUAAAGGCUACCCUUUAGUUUAUGAUCCCUGGUAUCCUUCCUACGUCAUUGACAAGUUCAGAGAAAAAACAUAUUUAUAUGGUAACCCGACAAAUAGAGAGUGCAGUCUUCUCAUUAAAAGACUUGAUCAGUCCCAUCAUGGAGAAAAAUUAUAUGCGUGGAUUGACCCAGAAACUGUUGGAAAAAGCACCUACAGGUUUUUUGAUGUCACCUCUACGAUUCUUGUGGACACUCAUCCGAAGCCGCCCACCAUCAAUAUUUAUGGAGGCGAAAGAACCGGGGACGACAUGACAGUGGCAUGUCACACCUACCACAGCUGUCCAUACAGCAAACCAAACAUCAUUCUGAAGGGUUUAGAAGGAUCUGAUCAAAUAAAGAAUGACCCUAUUGAAGGUGGUUUAUGGAAAAUCACUCUGACACGCAAAGGUGUUGUUAAAGCUGAGAGCUCAGACAUUGAGUGUAUUGUAAAGCAUUAUGGAGGCAUACCAGCAAGAGCUACAAAGAACAAAAAUUCGGCGUGUAUCUAUUCUAAAAUAACCAUUGAGCCUGAUCGUGCAGAUGUUGUAGAGGGCGUUGCAAAGGACUUCAAUUGUACCAUCAACCAUUCGUGUCUAAAGGAUCCUCCAAGCAUCUCAUGGAACUAUGAGAACAUGCAGGUCUCAAACAGAUAUAAUAAACUUACACAGUUCAUUUCAGCCACCUCUUCCACCAUAACCUUUCUGGCCGACAAGAAAGACAAGGGGAAGAAAUUGAUAUGCACGGCGACAUUUUCUGGAAAGAACGUGCAAGCGUCUGUUGACUUACAUGUACAAAACUAUGAAACAAGACUGGUGGAUCCCGAAAUCAAGGACACUGAUCGCGUGUAUGAAGCAGACGUGGUUCCCAGGCUCACUGCAUUACCUCGUUCCUGUGUGGUGAUACCCUGCAGUUUUCAGAUGCAUGAGGAACUUGCCGUGCAUCUUUGGGUUCGUUGGGUCUGGAAGAAAGGUUACAUGUUCCACUCUGGACAGAGCAAAGUCUUGGACAACUUCAAAGGCCGCACAAAACUCCUUGGAAACUCAAUUGAUCAGGACUGUACAGUCGAGAUUGAUAACGUGCAGAACCAUGACAAUGGACCGUUCUGUUUUCGAGGAGAAACAGAAAAAAAUGAAUACUUUUUUAACAACAGCUGUGUGUUCAUAGUGAUGCGAGCCCCAGAAAAACUUGUGAUGUCACCAAUCCCUGACAACAUCCAGCCCGGGACAAACGUCACCAUCGAAUGCUCAGUCAAACACACGUGCCCCUCUCACCCCCCCAGCAUCACCUGGAGCGUCCCAACUGCCCGAGAAACGGUUAAACAUCAGAGCAUGGGUGAAGGAGUUUGGGAAACAGUCUCGACUGUGACCUUCAUCCCAACCGGAUACGAAGAGGAAGAUCAAAUCAUUUGCAAUGCAUUGUUUUGGGGAGAUAGAACGGUGGUUAAUAGUUCAACUAAACUGAGUGUUCAAAGAUUUCAGCGUGUUGGAGUGGAGAUUCUUGGGCCGUCUAUCAUAGUCCCCAUACUUGUUUUUCUCCUCCUUUGCAUUGUCUACAUUGUGUACAAGAGGCGACGCAGAAUGACUGAAGGAGGAGCUGUUUGGACUAACCGUGGACACGAAAAUGACAUCAGGUUCAACAACGAAACAUCUGGUAUAAGGUCGAAACCAGAACAGAGGUCAAAAGAUGUGUUUUCAGUGUCAGCAAACAAGCCUUUUUCUAAACCUCGUUUGCCCUCACCAAAUAGUCAGCGAAAAAAAUCUAUUAAAGAUUAUGAAAAUUACUGCACCAAUAUGGCAGAUCUCAACAUAUAUGGAAACAUCGGAUAAAAAGGCUCCACAUCAAAUCUCCAGAAUGUGCUUCAGUAAUUUUUUCCCAAAAAAAGAUUAUGUUUGGCAUUUGGAUCUGUCUUUGGCUUUUUCAUUUAUGUGUACAAAUGACAAUUGCAAAAACAAUUAAA